AGUGCGUGCCUCCACAUAAAGUCACCUAUACGACCUAGUUCAUUACAACGCACAGUAUACUUUAUAAUACUAAAAAAAUUCGGGUCUUCCUCUGAUUUCACUGAUCCAUCGAUCUGUUCUCUGCCUAUGCAGUCACUGUAUAUCCAUCCAUAACAUACCAUGCCUUCUUCUUCAUCAGUAGCACUAAACCGUACAGAGGAGCUAGUGGAGCAACUGAGCUCUAUUGAUGGCAAUGCCAAGCUGAGGGCUUUGAGGGAUGUGAAGAACCAGAUAAUAGGAAACAAGACUAAAAAAAUCAAUUAUAUUAAAUUGGGUGCAAUCCCUAAGAUUGUGGAUAUAUUGGCAAAUGAAACAGAUGCUGCAUUGCUUGUGGAAUCUGCUGUUUCUGUGGGGAGUUUCGCUAGAUAUGUUGAUGCUGGUGUUAAGGCUCUCAUAGACAACGGGGUCCUGCCCCAUCUGCUCAGAAUCCUAAGAAAUCCUGAUAGUAAGGUAGUUGAGGCCAGUGCUCGGUCUUUGAGAGUUAUUUUUCAAUCAAAACUAGCUCCAAAGUAUGACAUGCUUGAAUAUAACAGCAUAGAGCUUCUUCGUUCUCUACUCAGUAGUCAAAAUGAAAAUGUCUUGGAGGUUGCUGCUUGCAUUAUUGCACGUUGUUGCGAGACGAAUGAGGAACAACAGUCUGUGAUUGACAUUGGGGCCUUGGAGAGGCUCAUAGGUCUACUGGGAAGUUCAUUGAAUACAAGAGAAGCUAGCUUAGAUGCAUUAGUAGCACUUGUCAAGAACAAUACUCGAAUUGCCUUAAUGUUGAUUGCUUUGGAUAAUGGAGGUGCUUUGACUAUAAUUAUCAAGCUAUUAAAGGACAAAUUUCCUCGAACAAGAUUGCUUUCCUGCAUGUGCCUUUCAAAUAUCAACCAUGCUAGUCCGUCUAGUUAUCCACAGGAAAGGGAGCUGAAGAUAGAAAUUCUAUCCAUCUUAGUGAAGCUGCUUGAUGAACCUGGUCAAGUUGGGGAAUUAGCUCCAUAUGCUUUAGUAGACCUUGUUGCUAACAGUGAGGAAAUGCAAAAAUUAGCCUUUGAUGCAAAUGCUAUUGAAAAACUCUGUAGCUUUUUGAAUAAAGGUUUCUUACAGGACAAGCAUCUACAAGGCAUUUUGUUGGCACUGGCUGAGCUAUGCUCUCGUUUAGAAGAGAGUAGGAGACAGGUUUUAACCUUGCAGGCACAAAGUCUAAUUACCACGGCAUUUGAACACAAAUCUAUAGAAGUGAGAGCUGCUGCUUGUGGCUGUAUAAAAAGUAUUUCUCGCUCUGUAAAGAAUCUCCGCACCGGUCUUACAAAUGAAAAUAUUGUUUGCCCUCUGUUCAACCUGUUAGAUGAUGAGACUCCAGCAGUUCAGGUGGCAGCUUUGGGUGCUAUUAGCAAUAUUGUGUUAGAUUUCACUCCUCAUAAAAAGCUUUUCUUUAAGUGUGGUCGUGUGAGCCAGCUUAUUCAACUAGCUAAGUCAAUGGACCCCAUGCUAAGGUUGAAUGCAUUGGGGGCUUUGCGUAAUUUGAUAUACCUGGCUGAUAUGUCUGUAAAGCAGAAGCUGAUGAUGGAGCUUACGACUUCCACAUUGACAAGCUUGAUUCAUGAUUGUGAAGAACUUGUUCAGGAACAAGCACUGGCAUUUGUACGCAACCUGGUACAUGGAAGUGUUGAAUCUGUUCAAUUAGUCUUUGCUGAAGAUGGGCGGAUCUUUAACUCAGUUUUGAGCUUACUUGAGAUUGCAACAAGACCAGAAGUCUGUACACAGGGGAUUUAUGUGCUUAGCAAUGUUGCAUCUGGGAAUGAGUAUCAUAAAGAAGAAGUUAUGCGUUCUGUUGCUCCAAAUAUACAUGGUGAAUGCAUCCCAUCUACAUGGAUAAGGUUUUUGCAAGAUUUUAGUAGCCCUCAGGUACGAGUUGCUGCAGUAUGGUGUAUAAUGAACCUCAGUUAUCCUGACAGUCCUGGUGUGGAAAUGCGAAUUGCAAGACUUAGAGAUGCAGGUGUACUCAUGCAAGUUCAGAAAAUGGUUGAUGAUCCAUGCUUGGAUGUUAAGGAUCGCGUCAAAACAGUUCUGGAGCAGGUUAUGUAGACUUGGAAAUCUUUAUAAUAUCUACCAAAAGUCAACUUUCUUGAUUAUCCCCAAUUCGGAAGUUAUGCUGUAUAGAUAGCUGAAAACAUUGAAUCUAAUUUUUGGGGGAUUUCUUUCUUCCUGAUCCCUAAUCAAGUUGAAAGUAAGCUGUCUGCUCACAUAUGCUAUACAUGCAAACCUGACACAGCUUCAUCGAGUGUCUGGAUAUUUUAUGGCAAUGGUAAGCAUUUGCACUUGAGAAUACCAUGAACUUCUCAUGGAAUGGUGUCAAGGUUCAUGUGGAUAAUUGAUGAACUGCAACUGUGCAGAUGUGGAGCUUCCUACGUCAUCUAACUUCUCUGACAACUAUUACAAGGCUAUGCCUGUAUGAUAAGGAACCUCCUCCUGUGAUGCACAUAAAAACACUGACGUCAUUGUGUGCUUUUGACAUAAUUCUUAUGCUCAAGUAUAGGCAUCACUUCUAAAUCAAGAAGAAUGGAAAUUAAAUACAGGAAAUAGAUUGGAACAUUGUUUAUUCUGUUUUUUUUUGCAGUAUGUUAUCAACGCAGAUGUUUGUAAUAUUAAUAUAAAACAAUGCCUCUUUGUUAUGAUUCAA